GGCUGGAUUCUUGAUUUGUCAACAGAUGUUCAAGAUGGUGAAAGGAUGGAAACAAUAGAGGUAGGUGUAGUUACCUUUCAUUUUUUUGCUGUUAUUAUUUUAGUUAUUUCUGUUACCACAAUUAUUGGUUGAAAAGGAGAGUUUGACUAAAUAAAGUAAAACUCAAGAUUUGAAUAAAGGGUUGACAUAGAUUUCCGCAGAUCCAUGGUUUUCCUGUGAUUCCUCAAACUUUUCUCUGCCUUUUCUUCUUGUUUUUCUCUUUCAUCGACCAUCUUGUUGUUUCCUUGCUUUAAUUCAACUCAUGAAUUAACAAGGGCUUAUCUUAAAUUCCCAAUCUUUAUUUGUUUUCAUGUUGUUUAUCUUGUUUUGUUUCAAUUAAUUGUCUGACCAAGAGGGGAUCUUGGUGAUUAUGGAUUUGCCUUCUCUUGCUUUUCAUGUAUUGCAAUUGGCGGAGUUAGAGGAAGUUGGGAGUUGAGAUAAGUUUAGUUUCACCUUUCUAUAUAUGAAGGUGACUUCUUUUUGAAUGAUGGUGAUUGAUGUUCAUUUUUAGCUAUGAUAUCUGAGGAUGAGACCAUCUUGCUGGCUCGUGAUGUUGUGGUGCGUGACAGCGAGGAAGAUGGUUCCUCGUCGUUGGAGGGGGAUGCGUUGGCCGAAAGCUGCUGCUCGUUAUCGGUAGUUAGUGAUACUAGUAGCCUGUGUGGUGAUGAUUUCUUGAGCUUUGAGGCCAACUUUUCAGAGGUUGAGAAGGAACUUGCUUCAAGAACACUUGUUUCGAGAAAUCCAGGCGAUGAUGUUCCCGUCUCUAAAGCAUCCACGAUUGAUGUCCCGUCGGAUAAAGGGGUGGCUGGGAGGGGAAGCCGGAGUUUCUUUGAAGUGGAUUGCGUGCCUCUUUGGGGUCUCAGCUCCGUGUGUGGUAGGCGCCCGGAGAUGGAAGAUGCAGUCACAACUUUGCCACGAUUGCUGAAAAUCCCGAUCCGGAUGCUAACCGGUGAUCAAGGAGUUGAUGGAGGGACGACGUGCUUGAGUCAUCUGACAGGCCACUUCUUUGGAGUGUACGACGGUCAUGGAGGCUCGCAGGUAGCUAACUACUGUGGUGAUCAUCUGCAUCUUGCUUUGAAUGAAGAGUUGGAUUUGAUGAUAAACAACCUUGAUGAUAAUGCUAGCUGUGAAGAGAAGUGGAGGGCGGCUUUCACUAGGAGUUUUCUCAAGGUCGAUGACGAGAUCGGAGGGAAGGCCAGCCUCGAACCGCUUGCCCCAGAGACCAUGGGGUCCACGGCCGUCGUUGCCCUAGUAUGUUCUUCACAUAUAAUAGUGGCCAACUGUGGUGAUUCGAGAGGCGUUCUCUACCGUGGAAAAGAACCUAUAGCCCUCUCCAUCGAUCAUAAGCCUAAUCGGGAAGAUGAGUAUGCACGGAUCGAGGCAUCGGGAGGGAAGGUCAUACAAUGGAAUGGCCAUCGUGUCUUUGGUGUCCUUGCAAUGUCGAGGUCUAUUGGAGACCGGUAUCUGAAGCCAUGGAUCAUCCCCGAUCCAGAGGUGAUGUUCGUUCCACGAACGAGGGACGAUGAUUGCCUCGUUUUGGCGAGUGACGGCCUUUGGGAUGUCAUGACAAAUGAAGAGGCAUGUGAUCUAGCUCGUAAAAGGAUACUACUAUGGCACAAGCACAACGGCUCUAGUCUCCCGUUAGAGCGUGGCGAGGGGAUCGACCCCGCAGCUCAGGCGGCUGCGGAGUACCUCUCAAACCGGGCGCUGCAAAAGGGCAGCAAGGACAACAUCUCCGUUGUUGUAGUGGACCUAAAGGCUCAAAGAAGGAUUAAGAACAAGACCUAAAUAAAGAUUAUUUCUUUUAUAAAUCAAAUCAAGGGACGAAAAGGGUUGUGAUUUGCCCAUAUGUUCUAGACUAGUUAUGAGGUAGGGUACAGUGUUAGUGUCAAGUCAUAAAAUUGAAAUAGAGAAUUUGAUCAUAAUGCAUAAUUUCUUUCAUA